AAGAAGCACAAGGCCGAGUGGCGCUCGUCCUACGAGGACUAUGCAGAUAAGCCCUUGGAGAAGCCCCUGAAGCUGGUCCUGAAAGUCGGAGGAAGUGAGGUGACUGAGCUCUCGGGAUCUGGCCACGAUUCCAGCUACUAUGACGACAGGUCAGACCAUGAGCGAGAGAGGCACAAAGAGAAGAAGAAGAAGAAAAAGAAGAAGUCAGAGAAGGAGAAGCAUCUCGGUGAUGAGGAAAGGAGGAAGCGGAAGGAGGAGAAGAAGCGGAAACGAGAGAAGGAACACUGUGACACGGAGGGAGAGGCCGAUGACUUCGACCCUGGGAGGAAGGUGGAGGUGGAGCCUCCCCCUGAUCGGCCAGUGCGAGCGUGCCGGAACCAACCAGCUGAAACUGAGAGCACCCCCAUUCAGCAGCUGCUGGAGCACUUCCUCCGCCAGCUCCAGAGAAAAGAUCCUCAUGGAUUUUUUGCUUUUCCUGUCACGGAUGCAAUUGCUCCUGGAUAUUCAAUGAUAAUAAAACAUCCAAUGGAUUUUGGCACGAUGAAAGACAAAAUCGUAGCUAAUGAAUACAAGUCAGUCACAGAAUUUAAGGCAGAUUUCAAACUGAUGUGUGAUAAUGCAAUGACAUACAACAGACCAGAUACUGUGUACUACAAGCUGGCCAAGAAGAUCCUUCAUGCAGGCUUUAAGAUGAUGAGCAAAGAGCGGCUGUUAGCUUUGAGGCGCAGCGUGUCGUUUAUGCAGGACAUGGAUUUCUCUCAGCAGGCAGCUCUCUUGGGCAGUGAAGACACAGCUGCUGAGGAGCCCGUCCCUGAGGUUGUGCCUGUGCAAGUAGAAACUGCCAAGAAAUCCAAAAAGCCGAGCAGAGAAGUGAUCAGCUGCAUGUUUGAGCCUGAAGGGAAUGCCUGCAGCCUGACCGACAGUACCGCCGAGGAGCACGUGCUGGCACUGGUGGAGCACGCGGCUGAUGAGGCUCGGGACCGGAUCAACCGGUUCCUCCCAGGUGGCAAGGUGGGCUACCUGAAGAGAAGCGGGGACGGCAGCCUGCUCUACAGCGUGGUCAACACGGCCGAGCCGGACGCCGACGAAGAGGAGACCCACCCAGUGGACCUCAGCUCACUGUCCAGCAAGCUGCUCCCAGGCUUCACUACACUGGGCUUCAAGGACGAAAGGAGAAACAAAGUCACGUUUCUCUCCAGCGCCAGCACCGCACUUUCUAUGCAGAACAACUCAGUGUUUGGCGACUUGAAGUCAGAUGAGACGGAGCUGUUGUAUUCAGCCUAUGGUGACGAGACGGGUGUGCAGUGUGCACUGAGCCUGCAGGAGUUUGUGAAGGACGCUGGGAGCUACAGCAAGAAGAUGGUGGAUGACCUCCUGGACCAGAUCACAGGUGGAGACCACUCAAGAAUGCUCUUCCAGCUGAAGCAGAGGAGAAGUGUUCCCAUGAAACCUCCAGAUGAAGUGAAGGUUGGGGAUACCCUAGGGGAUGGCAGUGGCUCUGUUCUGGAUUUCAUGUCAGUGAAGCCAUAUUCCGAUGUGUCUCUGGACAUCUCCAUGCUCAGCUCUCUGGGGAAGGUGAAGAAGGAGCUGGACCAUGAUGACACCCACUUGUCCUUGGAUGAGACUACCAAGCUCCUGCAAGACCUGCACGAGGCCCAGGCAGAGCGGGGUGGCUCCCGGCCGUCGUCCAACCUCAGCUCCCUGUCCAAUGCCUCCGAGAGGGAGCAACACCACCUGGGAAGCCCUUCUCGCCUCAGUGUUGGGGACCAACCAGAUGUGACGCAUGAUCCAUAUGAAUUUCUUCAGUCUCCAGAGCCUGCAGUCUCGACAAAGAACUAGCCUCCAGCCAAGGAGGUGUGAGCCAUCUAUACCGUCACAUCAGCCGAGAGACGGUAUCACUGUGCACAGGCCCACGGAUCCUGAAUAGUGACAGUAAUACGUGGAGGAUGUGUGAUCAGACUCUGGAGCCCAGUGUGGUCUAUUCUGAAUAUCCUGGUGUGGCUCACCUGUCUCUGCCCCGCUGUUCUCCUGGUUCUGGGCUCACUAUCUGUCCUGUGUGCUCCUGUCAGAAGCCCACGUUUUCCAUAGCCCUUGGGGAGCACAUGGGAUGGGCCAGGGAUGAGGGCAGCAUCCCUCUUUCUAUGUAAUGGAUGUGCCUGAGGAAAGAGCGUGUUUUGCCGGAAAAGAGUGAACUGUCUGCAGGUUAUAAUGAAGCACUCAGUGUCUGUACAUUCUUUAUAACUAGAUGGGUUGACAGAUGCCUGUGAGUAUGGGCAGAGCUCUGUAAAGAUGGAUUUCAUUAGAGCUUCGUGCAGAGCUCAAGGGCAUCAGUUGUUUCUAACCCAUGAAGGGCCCUCCCUAGGGACUUCUUUGUCAAAGCCUUUGUCAUGCCACUUGAUGGUGUCCCUUUUUCCUGGUCAUCCAGCCCAGUUCUCACCCAUGGUGAUGUCUGAGCUGGCCUGUGCUGGCAGUUGGGGCCCUGCCUCUGUGUAGACACAAGGCCCUCCAAAAAAAGCACACAUUGGAGCCCAGCCUUCCUGGGGAAUGGUUGUGGCUGGAGCAGCUGCUAUGGCUGAUAAGAGCUGAAAGGAGCUUAGGGUUGGGUAAGUGUCAGACUAGCAGGACCAUGACCUCCUGGUGGCCCAGAGAUGAGCUCCACAGCAGAGCCACAGGGCUGGGGUGUUGGUGUCUGGGGGAGGCACACUUUGCUCCCAAGGACUCCAAAGGUUGAGGCUUCGUGGGUAUAGGACAGAUGCUUCCAAUAUCAGGUGAACUCCGAAGGACAGUGCAGCGUCUGCUUCCUGGAACCUCCUUCGCUGGUGCGUGGCUACAUUUUCCAAGUCAGGCAGAGAUAGCGUGAACAUGAUGUGCAGGAGCCAUUAGGCCCUCAACUUAGGAUGUUUGGAUGGGUGGGUGACCUGCUAUCCCAGGCCUCCUGGAGCGAGAGGUCUCCGCUGGACCUGGUUGUUCCUAAACCCCACCCUGAGGGCAGAUGCAGCUGCUGGCUUCCCAGGCAAGGGCCUCCAGGAACUUGGCACCUUGCCCACCUUGCUUUCUAAGUGUGGAAGAAGAAAGAGCCAUCUGACCUGGGGCCUCUGUUUUUCAAAAAAGAUUCUGUUUUGGUAAAAUUUACAUAACAUAAAAUUAAUCAUUGAUUUUUUUUUUCAAAGCAUUCAGUCCCCUGUCAUUUCCUUGAUGGCAGUCACCACCUCUUUCAGGUUCCAGAGCACUGUCACCACCCUGGAGGGGAACUUCUGCCCGUUGGCAGUCACCACUCCCUAUCACUGGCAGUAACAGUCCUUUCUUGCCUUCAGUAUAUCCCUGGGAUCCUGUGAUGUGGUAUAGCUCGCAUCAGCAUGGGCCUGGGUGUGACGUGUACCUUCCACAGGCCCCCAGGCUCAGGCCGCUCCUAGUGUUGGCCCUGAGGCUUGGACCAGCCUGGUAGGCCCCUGCCAGAGGAAGCCGGUGGUCCCCCAGCCAAGGGACUUCUGGUGGUCAGAAAAGCUGAUCAGAGACCAGAGGCAUUCCUCAGGCCACACUGUGCAUCAGUCACAGGCCAGCCCAGCUGGGGGUUCUUAUGCCCUAGGUACCAACCCUCAGGGAGAUGAGGAAAAGGCCCAGGCUAUGCCCUGUAGCCAUCUGGGUCAAAGUGCUGGGUGGCACACGUGUCCUCCAGCACUUCUGCUGGGGGCUGUACCCACACAGGCCUAGUGUGCGUGCACUCGGAUCCCUAGCUACCCACAGCUGCUACUACUCGGUUCCCAGAGCAUCCUUUGAGGACAGAAAGUGGUCAAAGGCAGCACAUGACACAGGGUGUGACAAGAAUGGUAGGGCAUGCAUCCAAGAGAAGAGGCAGAGGUGGUGGGCCACCCAGGGUGUGAUGGGAAUGCCAUAGGUUGCAGCAUUGUCCAGGGCUGGGAGCUUAUGGCUUUUGUUUCUGUUUCUCAACAUCUGUAUGUGCCCUGAUCUCAACACUUUUGAGGUCAUCUUCCUCACAUGCUGUAGUCUGCAAGGGAGGGCCUAAGUGGCCAGGUUGCCCUUGCCGCCUGGGGAAUCCCUGCCACUCCUAUAGACUUGGCAUGCCCAGGUGUAGCAGCUUUCUGGUCUCCUUCAGAGGCACACAGGGGCUGUGCAUGCUGGGCUGGGGAAGGCUGCUGUAUGCAGGAGGCAUGAGCUUCUGAGUGCGAAAGCUCAUUAGUCUUGGCCUGUGCAGGAGUGCUUUCUUCCUCACAGUGUGGUGGAAGCUGCGGCUGCGGGGUGAGUGCUGUACCUACUCUAUGUACAGUGGCCACAGAGUCUGAUUCCAGGAACUGCUGUUUUUCCUAAAGUCCAGCCCUUUGCAGGUGGAUGGGCCUUAGAAGUCGCACCCCUUUGGGAGAGUGUUGGUGCUGUUCUCUAGUCAGUCCUUGUAACAGUUCUUGUGUCUCUUAAAACCUAGUGCUCUGCUAUGCUCUUGACUGGAUUCUGGGAGUCUGAGGCCCAUGUGGAGUGUCCUGCCCUCUGUGCUGGGUGUUUGGUGGCAUCAGACAGUGGGCAUCAGAGUGCGCUCUGCCUUGCUGUGCACCCACCAAGUUAAUGUUGGGAUUUAAUCUCCAGUGUGGCCCCCUGAUCAUAGGUGGACCUCCACAGCUAGCUGCGGACCUCUGCACGUCCCCUGGGAAUGGAUCUACUCCCCCAGGGUGGCUUCCUUAGCACCUCUGGCACUGUGUGAUCUCACUGCAUGCAGUUCCCUUUCCACUGUCCACCUCGGGAGGAAACAGCCCAAGGUCCCACCAGAUGCCCGAUCUGGAACUUAUAGCCACCAGAACCACAAACUGAGUAAAAUCCUUUUGUAUAAGU